CCAACCACAACCUCCCAGUUUCAUCAGAAUUAUCCUACCAAGGUGGAGACUGCCAUCAACCGCCUGGUCAAUUUACAUCUGCAGGCCUCCUACACCUACCUCUCUCUGGGCUACUAUUUUGACCGUGAUGAUGUGGCUCUGGAGGGCGUGGGCCACUUCUUCCAUGAGUUGGCAGAAGAAAAGUGUGAGGCGGCAUUGGAGCAACUCCUGAAGAUGCAAAACCAACGCAGCGGCCGCUCCCUCUUCCAGGACGUGCAGAAACCUUCUCAAGAUGAGUGGGGCAACACCCAGGAUGCCAUGGAAGCUGCCUUGGCCCUGGAGAAGAACCUGGACCAAGCCAUUUUGGAUCUUCAUGCCUUGGGCUUUACCCGCAAAGACCUACAUUUCUGUGACUUUCUGGAGAACCACUUCCUUGAUGAGGAGGUGAAGCUCAUCAAGAAGAUGGGAGACCACUUGACCAAUCUCCACCAUCUGGCAGGCCCCCAAGCUGGCCUGGGUGAGUAUCUCUUCGAAAGACUCACUCUCAAGCACGACUAG